CAAACUACAUUUCCCAUGGAGCUUUGCGCCGUGCCCAAGAAUCCGUGGAAUACCGAUUGCGCCUGCGUAUCCAGACGUGGCAACGGCAUCAUGGCCUCUUGGAAGCGCGUCGGGAGUCGGAUGAGAGAGGCGAAAAUGUUGAUGUUGGUGCUGCUGGUGUGGCUGUUACCGGUGCUGGAGGCAGUGAAGGUUUCUCCUCUCAUAGAGCAGGUCAGCGACCACAAGGACUUCAGGAAGCUGCUCAGGACGAGAACCAACGUGCUGGUGCUCUACACCAAGACAGCUACAUCAGGGGACUCCCACCUGAAACUGCUAUCAGAUGUGGCCCAGACAGUAAAGGGCCAAGGGACUAUUGCCUGGGUCAACUGUGGAGAUUCUGAGGGCCGCAAGCUCUGUAAGAAAGUGAAGGUGGACCCGAGCUCCAAACACGGAGGAGCUGAGCUGUUGCAUUACAAAGAUGGGACGUUCCACACGGAGUACAACAGGCCGGCUACCUUCAAAUCCAUGGUAGCAUUUUUAAAAGACCCAUCAGGACCCCCACUGUGGGAGGAGAACCCUGAGGCAAAAGAUGUUGUCCACAUAGAGACAGAAAAAGACUUCAGGAAGCUGCUGAAGAAGGAGGAGAGGCCUAUCCUCAUGAUGUUCUAUGCUCCCUGGUGCGGCGUUUGUAAGAGAAUGCAGCCCAUCUUUCAGCAAGCAGCCACAGAGACCAAGGGGAAAUAUGUACUGGCAGGGAUGAACGUGCACCCAGCCGAGUUUGACGGCCUCAAGCAGGAGUACAACGUCAAAGGCUACCCGACCUUCUGCUACUUUGAGAAAGGGAAGUUCCUUCACCACUAUGAGAACUAUGGAGCCACAGCCAAGGAUAUCGCAGACUGGAUGAGGAACCCUCAGCCGCCGCAGCCAAAGACCCCUGAGGUUCCUUGGUCGGAGUCGGACUCUCCGGUCUUCCACCUGACUGAUGAGUCUUUCGACAGCUUCCUGGAUGAACAUCCUGCAGCACUGAUCAUGUUCUACGCCCCCUGGUGUGGACACUGCAAGAAGAUGAAGCCAGAGUAUGAUGAAGCUGCAGAGAUACUCAACAAGGGCGCAGACAGCCCCGGUGUGUUGGCGGCAGUGGAUUCCACACUGCACAAGUCUGUGGGGGAUCGCUUCAAGAUCUCAGGCUUCCCGACCCUUAAGUAUUUCGAGAAAGGUGAGGACAAGUUCACGCUGCCGCAGCUCCGAAGCAAAGACAAGAUCAUCGAGUUCAUGCACAAUCCCCAGGCGCCUCCUCCACCAGAGCAGUCUUGGGAGGACAAACCCUCCAGCGUCAGCCAUCUUGGAUCGGAGGAUUUUCGAGAGGCACUGAAGAAGAAAAAGCAUGCCCUGGUCAUGUUCUACGCUCCCUGGUGCCCUCACUGUAAAAGCUCCGUUCCCCACUUCACCACAGCGGCAGAGCUCUUCAAAGAGGACCGCAAGAUCGUGUACGCUGCUGUGGACUGUACAAAAGGACAGAACCACGACCUUUGUAAGCAGGAAGGGGUGGAGGGCUACCCGACAUUUAACUACUACAACUACGGCAAGUUUGUGGAAAAAUACACCGGAGAUCGUGGGGAGGCGGGCUUCACUGGCUUCAUGCGCAGCCUGAGAGGACGUGAUCAGGAAAAGGUCGGCAAGAGGAAGGAGGAGCUCUGAGGGCGGCAUGCAGGGAGGGGGGGGAGGGGCGAUGCACUGCACAGUUUGUCAUUGCACUGUGACCCUUGACCCUGGCAAGGGCCCUAUCAGCACUGAUGUGGGAGACUUGAUGACCUCAGCGAAAGGCUAUUUUUUUACACCAUGGUGAUCACGUUUGUAAUAAUGCCAACGGAGAACCUACACAGUUUGACCGACCACUUGAGACGUCUUUUUCAUGGAUGUUCUGAUGGGCAGAAAAACAAAAAAGUGUUUUUCGUUUGUUGUUUUUUUUUAUUAUUAUUAUUUUCUUUUUUUAUGAAUUAUUUUUUUCUCUCUUUUACUUUGCCCAAACACUGUGACUGCAUAUGUGAGAAGCUACACCCUAUACUGUAUCUAUGCAAUACUGACCCCUGCUUGUCCCUGGGGGGGUCUGUGUGACUGAUUGACACCCGUGGUGGUGGGUGGUGGUGGGCAUCAUUGGUUCAAAGUGGAGGCUGCACUGUCAAUCACUCCACAGGGUCCUAAUCAAGUCCCCAUCAACCCUGCUCUGUUGGAUCCAGUGUUUUCGUACAGAACCUUCAUGUCUCCAGUCCAGAACCAUCCGGAAUAUUGUGUUGUUACCGUCACAGAUCAGUUGGAUGAUUUAAGACAGUAAAACAUGAAGUGCUACUGUAGCAGUGUGAAGAAGACAAGAUCCUGGACAGAGGCUCAAUAUUCUGUAUGGUUCCGGGCUCUCAUGAUCAGUUUUGCUUUUAGAAAGGACUGACUAAUUUUUGUUUGCUUCAAAUUGUGGCCUUACUGAUAUGACCAUAGAAAAUUAAAAAAAAUAAAAAUGAAAAAUAAAUAAAUAAACAAGUGGAGGAGAAUCAGCAGCCUGGUGCCCUUGCACUUCCCUCACGUCGUGGACCAGAGCAAGUCAAAGGAGAAGAAAAACAAGAAGAUGAAAUGCCAAAUAUUCUUGUGCAUUGCCCUUGAUCAUUGCUCAUGCUUUGUACAUUUCCAAAUAUUAACCACAUUCACCGCUGUAGUGAUGUUUUGUGUCUCGUACCUCCUCUGUUGUCCAUUCAGAAUGAGAUUUCAUCAAUGUUUUAAUAAGGUGGGGCUCAUCUCCAUAAGCAUGGGAGAUGCUCGAGUUCGGUGGCUGAAUAUUGCAUGUUGAUGAUCAAAUGUCCAUGACCAUUAUCCUCCCUCUGUGCACUGAGGAUGGAUUCCACUCAAUAUCCCACAGUCUGCUCCGCACUCACACACCUUUCAGGGAGGAAUAAUCUGGGCCUCUGGUGUACACUUUGGGCAUUCAGGGUUUUUAUUUAAGGGUACCCAGUGUGUUUCACACGUGUGUGUUUCUGCCACAUUCUGCUGAACUGAACGACACCAACGAGCCAAAACGACAGCCCUCUGGGCGGCUCACUCUGUGUCACCCUGCCGUGCCUCGGCCUGGAACUGCUCGGCUUCAGUUAGCUUGGACUGUGCUCUCUCAUGCCCUCCGUCAAAUUCCCAGGAAUGACUUCAUAAAUAUCCAUAGAGUAAUUAAGUAUUGAGGGAGUGAAGGCUGCGGCCCCCCCUUUCCACUUCUGGCAGCCUAACAUCAUUGGUUCAGAGCUAUCAUCAUUACCUUUGUGGCAUUUUUUUGCCGUGUGUUUUCAUCUCCCACGCUUCGGCCACUAUAAAUAUUUAAAGGCUUAUCUGUAGCUGAACUUGUGUUUUAUUAUUCAAGACUUUGGUUUUCUUUCAUUAUGAAUAAGGUUCUCAGGGAUAGCGAAACACAAUUAAAGGGAACUAGUUUGUUUGUAAUUCUGCAUUCCAGCUGAAUGAUUUGAAAUCCUUAGGUCACCAAAUUAGAUAUUGUUUACAUUUGUAUCCCUAGACAUUAAGAAAAAAAAAGUGUUGAUUGUCCUUUUCUGUGCUAUAUCAUGACAACAUGUGUUGAAUAGGACGUAUUGUCAGUAGAUGUUACUGAAGAAUUUCUCAACAAACAUCAUUGUGAUUCUUAAUGGCUUCAUUCUGACUGAAACUGUCUCCGAUGUUCUGGCUGGCACCAAACACUCUUCGUGUUGUGUGUUGAAAGUGACUAUUAAUGUUUCAUGGUAUGCAGGAGCAUUUUGAAAGCGUGCAUUACACAUUAGAUGUUAACAUAUCGCUGUAGUUAGGUGUCCAAUAUCCUCUCAGUGGGGAAACUGAUCUUUGUUCACUGUGUCCGUUAGUUUUGGUUGACGAGCCUCUGCAGUGACAUCACACAAUUGCUGAGUUAAUAGAAAGUCCACCUCUGUCUUAUCCCAAAGUUGUCCAUGUUGUGUGGGAAUCUGUCACACUAAUGCCAAGAAGUCAUUGUUGCCUUUGUUGAUUUUUCUGUGCUGAGCCAUACGUACAGUUUUGCCCCAUGCAGGAAGAACCUUGCAAAAUAAAGUCAAACAUUUACAAAAAAAA